CCAUCAACUCCAUCUCCAUCUCUUUUAUCUCUUUCUCUCAUCGACAAAAAUGUCUGGUGUUUGGGUGUUUAAGAACGGUGUGGUACGACUAGUGGAGAACCCAGGAGCUGAGUCCAACCAGGCGAACAUAAGGCGCAAAGUGCUAAUCCACACCCCUACCAAUGAAGUCAUCACCUCCUAUGGAGUUCUUGAAAGAAUGCUCUCUUUGCUCGGUUGGGAGCGAUACUAUGAUGACCCGGACCUCCUUCAAUUCCACAAAAGGUCCACAGUUCACCUCAUCUCUCUCCCCAAGGACUUCAACAAGUUCAAGCCCAUGCACAUGUACGAUAUUGUCGUCAAGAACCGCAACAUAUUUGAAGUUAGGGAUAUGUAGCAGUCCAUAAAUGUCGAUUAACCGGUUUGUUAAGUCGUGUUUGUGUUGUUUAUUUUCAUUUUCAAGUUUGUGUUCAAGGGUCCGAUUCAGUUUUUUCUCAUUUUUUUUUGAUGUCUUUGCAAUAUGUUUAUAACUUUAUGUUAAGUUUGUGCCCAGGGUAUGAGUUAAGGGACUGUUUGGUUGUCAAUGUUCUGUAAAUUACAUGGUAUUUUCGUAAUGAAAAUUUCGUUUCAUGUGUGUUAUUUCCAUAA